AUGGCAAGUUUAGGCAAACUAUCCGCGCGUAAUAUCAUUCGGCCUGGGAAGGAUAUAAUCAAACGGAAUAGCGCGCUGUCUGCCCCUAGUACUUUCUUAGAUUUACUCCCUGCCUUUGAUACUCCGGGUCUUUUGUCUGGAUUCUGUCGGAAAAACAGCUUGUACUUGGGAGAGGAGGGUGGAUACAAUGGGAUGAACCUAUGGGUCCCCCAAACCAACCAUCUUGGCCAUAUCUCAUAUGUUGCCGUCCAAAUCUAUCAGAAGAUUGGAUUGCGGGCCAAGUACCGGGCUAUACAUCUUGGUCGGCCGAUGGAGAUCCCCUACUACCAACUGGUACCAACAAAUGAGCUCUUGAUGCACGUUGGCAUUGUAAACACACCAGGCUUGGAAACUGAGGACGUGGAGUUGAAGGAUUGCCACAUUCUCAAGGAUAGGAAUGAACUGACGCGACUUUUACCCGAGCUAGAGAAGGCCGGCAUACCGCGAGUGGGCUCAAAAACUGGAGCGGGGUCAUAA